CUCCUUCUCGUUUGCUUGAUUUUGCUUUGCUUGGCACAACAGUACAAUAAAAACGGUUUAGUUUAUGUUACAUUUCCUUUUGAAAUGUAAUAUUAGUUGUUACAUACAGUUUUGUGGUUCAAAACAAAACUUUAAUUCUUCUUAGACUGUGAAGUAUGUCAAACAACAUGAACCCGGGAGGUAAUAUGCCCUCGAUUGGGUCCAUGAAUCCUUCUAGUGCGAUCCAAUACGCGAAUAACCCGAUGCAGAGUCCGCAGCUACAGUCGAGCUCCAUCCAGAGCUCGCCGUCGCAACACAGUCCUAUGAGCAGCCAGUCGUCAAUUGGCGCCAAAGUGAACACGAGUGGUGAUCAAACUACGCAGCUCCUCAGCAGACCCAGACUUCAGGAGUUGGUGAGAGAAGUGGAUCCCACAGUGCAACUAGACGAGGAGGUGGAGGAGAUGCUGCUGCAGCUGGCCGAUGACUUCAUUGACACAUCUCUAAACGCUGCGUGUGCACUCGCCAAACACAGACAUGCCCCCACAGUGGAAUUGAGGGAUGUGCAGUUACAUUUAGAGAGACAAUGGAACAUGUGGAUUCCAGGGUUCGGCAACGACGAGGUCCGGCCGUACAAGCGCGCCGCAGUCACUGAGGCACACAAACAGCGCAUGGCACUCAUACGGAAAACUAUCAAGAAGUACUAGGGAAUUAGAUAUCUUAUUUACUGUACAGUACUAACAGUGACAAUAUAUUUUCAAUUGUUAAGAGGUAUUCUGUUCACAGUAAAACAUUUAUGUAGGCUCCAUUCUCAACUUUUUGUAAUAAUAAAAAACAUGGAUUCUUUAAAUCUUAAUACUUGAUAGUCCUGUACAUUGAAUCUAGAUAUGUCAAGCAAGACUAAUUAAAUAAGAAAAUAACUAUAGGAUAAGUAUGGUGAGCUAGUGUCAAUAACUGGUCUAGAAACUGAAAAAUGUAUUGUGAAUGUGAAAGUUAUUAAUAAAAGAUUUA